AUGACGGAGCAAACGGUCGCGGACCUAGCAGAAACCGUCUGCUGGGUAGUAGGCGAGAUCGGACAACUGAUCGACUCCGACUGGGAUGAGUACGUACCCAGAGAGUCCAUUCGACCGAUAAAGAAGGUACCGCAAGAUAAGAUGGAACCGUGGACUGGUUACGAAAAGUGGCGUAGAGCUGAAGUCACUCGCCCUGACGUGCAUCCUAAGUUCUACAUCAACAAAGAGCUCAACUCGAAGCUUUACAUCGGAUCUUGUGAUAUAUUGGAGCUUGAAGUUGGUGCCAUCGCCGUGUUCCUUGACGAAUUGUCCCCUCAUGCAUCGAGGAUGGCCAGGAGGAUCCAGAUCCAAAGUGGUAAACCGAUGCCACAUGAUGAAUUUAACCGGUUGCGAUGCGGAGACGUAAUGCUGCAGCGCAGCUACAACAUUGGCAGUGAGCAUGUCGCCUACGCUAUCGCACCACGUUAUUCCACAAAGUAUCCGGAUGCGUCAGCCAAUAUUGUCAACAUGUGUGUGAGGGAAGUUCUAAAGGCCUCUAUUGAUGCUGGAGUUGACACUGUGGCCUUUUCUCUCAUGAUGGGAAGGGAAUUCACAUAUCCCGACGAAGAGUUCGCAACGGCGGUACUACGCUCAGUGAGGCGAUGGCUCGAACUGCCAGUGGUCGCCGACAAAAUACGUCGUGUAUUUAUUUUCGGAAUUGAUGCAGAGGUCUACUCAGUUAUGCGGCGAUUCUUCCCUCGUGAUAAGGUUGAAGAGCACCUCAGCGGAGAGCUCCUCGAGGCCGGGAACGAAUAUGGAGAGAUUGUGAAGGAAGAGCGGAGCAUCCGCAUAUCUGAAGGUUUUGCAGGCGAGACCGCUACAGCUGACGACGGCGACAGUGGAAACGAGCGAACACAAAUGAGUGCUGUUCUCGCCAACUUCGGUGACAACUGUAGGGUUGGUAGUGACAGAAAUAUUUCAGCCAAAGACUAUGAUUUUGACUACUAUUAUCGGCUGUCACUGUCCCUCAUGCAGUUACCUGUCUAUCGAGAGAUGGACGACAGUGGAUUUGCCAUGCUCCUUGGCCGCGACAUUGCUCAGAGACCAGUUAUCGCAAUAGAUGCAUCCAAAAUACCCAGCGGAUUGAGUAAUACACAUAUGGUCGCCUAUGUAUUGCGUAUUAUGCAACCCAUCAUCCAGAACAAGUUUGUCGUGCUUCUUCGUAACAUGGGUAAGCCUAAAUCCCGGCAACAGCUUCACCUUACCGAUGAGCAGACCACUCCAUCAUGGCAUCUUCGAAUGUCUGUACAGUUGCCACUCAUCUAUUUCAAGUACUUGGGGACAGAAGACUACGCAAUCUUGGUGUUGUCUAUGUACACCGUUCUGGAUGGACAACUCGGGGUCUUCUGUAUGUUAUGA